AUUCUUCGAUCGUACAACAAUAACGGCUCGCAUCGUUGAGCGAUUGAACGAACGUAGUCGACGACUGCGCGUCGCUCGAAGCUCGAGUUUUUUUGCUCGCCUCGGUCUAAUCGCAGCUUUCAUCGAGCAUCGUGGUUCCGCUGGAAAGGCACGGCAACGCACGGAAACGCACCCAAACGCACCCAAAAGCACCCAAACGCACCCCAACGCAACCGCGAGGAACGACCGAUCAGUUUUUCGAUAAGAUUUUUCGCAAGAUUCGGCUGCUCCCUCGCAACGUUGUAGACACCGCGCGUAGUUAAAUAUUGUACGCUCGGAUCAAUAUACCGGGCGCCGGAAGCGGAGCAAGGGCUAACCGUAAGACAGGAAAGGAGAAAAGGAGACAAGGAGAGGGGGGGGACGGUGGCGUGGUAUCCAAGUACCAGUUACGUACUGUUGUCGGACGAUUCCAUUUGUUGAAAAAACUUUCCAACGAUUUCGUCGAAUCCUCGAACAAUUAGCACCUUUGGUACAUGCUCCAUAGGUUUCCAACGUUAAUUUCUUGGCACUUGGAUGAAAGAAUGUUUCUUCGCAACGAUUAGAUUAAAACUGUUUCGGUUCGGCCAGACUACCGUGGCGGAAGUACCGGUUCCGAUCGCGUCGAUAAUUUAUUAGCCGUUAGAUUAGAGCCACUCGUUAGCCGACUAGGUAAACUUUACGGAAAAAUUACAGAGAGUACGCGAUAUCGUAUUUUGAAAAUUCUUCCCGGUACGCGUAAGUGUAAACCGUUGAAAGUCGAUAGAGGGGGAGUGUAACGAAAGAAUGCAGUGGAACUCGUACAAAGGCAGUUUCGUCGAGGUAAAUUAGGAACGGGCUGACGCGCGAUUUCGCUGGUUCCCUCGCGUCGGAUUCUCCCGCGUGAUUCGAUACGCGCGUUGGCAGUUUCGCGGAGGUGUACGUGCGCCUGGGCCAUGCGCGGCGGGUAUACGAGGACCAGUGACAAUGUCGCGCGGCUGCUGCGCCAGCUGAAACGGGAUAGGUGGGGGACUGCGCUAUGCGAACAUAGUCGAAUAUCGCAGGGGGGAAUGCGUCGGUUACGCUAGUUCAGUGUCGACCGAAGGAGGAGACUCGUCGCGUUUGUUCGACGAGCGUCGUCGUCCCCGGCACCGGAGCUUCUCUCUCCCGUUCGCCGAUAGAAACGAUAGAAACGAUAGAAACGAUAGAAACGAUAGAAACGAUAGAAACGAUAGAAAAGAUAGAAACGAGAGGAAAAGGAGGCCGACCGCCGCGAAUUGGCGAGCGAACGAUGCGCGAGCGAGGCGCGACCGACACCGACCGCUAAAAAUACGUCCGCGGAGCGGCCGAUCGAAGCGGCACGCGGCGCUAGCGAGGGCAGAAGACCCGGGUCAGCUGGAUUCCCGGCGGAUCCUGACGACGUCGCCAGGAACGCGCGUACCAUGAAAAUAUGCGUAGAGCCAUCGACGCGUCGUGGGGGGUCCGUGGUCUCCCGUUGGUUGCUCGAGUCGCGAUUCGCCGAGACCUUUCGACGGAGGAGCCGCUCGCGAAACUGAUCGAGGAAACGAGCCGGGAAACCGUCGACCGGUCGGCCACCGGACUCUAGCUCCUUUCUCCCGUCGCGCGAAACCCUCGUGCACCCGCGGAGUCGCGGAAAUGCGACAACGCGAUUUCGAGUGCGCGUGAACGGUGUGUGCGCGUCGGAGGCUCGGACGAGCGAAAUUCCGGCGAGUCCGCUCGAGCCGGCUAUCGAGUUUCGCCGCAUCCCCCCGUCAGUGAAACGCGCGAAAUGACAACGAUACCGACCUAACGAACAAGCGACAGUGCCUCUCUCUCGCUGGACGCAAACAGCGCCAAGUGGAACCGACUGGAUACGAGUGCUCCUCACCGAAGCAUGAACGCCGAUUCUCGGGUGCUGAUAUUAUAAUGAAGCCAUCCAUGAAAAUGGGAGUGAUAGUGCUAAUAGGCGUAUUCGUGGUGUUCUACCAGUACCAUCUGUCGACGGGCAUCCGAUUCGAUCAGAUAGCCGACUUGAACGCGGCCGAUGCGGUCGAUUCGGCCGAUUCGCCGGAGGAGAAUCCGGUCUUUUCGCGAGAAGACGUCGAGAGUUACGUCAGGACGUCCAAGUCGAAGGAAGAAAUGAUCAGGAACGCGGUGCGCAGCGUUCAGAAGACGAAUGGACUGAGCCCGGAUGUAGCGGCGUCCCUGAUCCAGGAGCUGAUCGAUCGUUUCAACAAGAACGCGUUCGACGAUGCCGGAAACAACAGUUCUUCGAGAGUAUCGAGAAUCUCGAAAAUAUCGGCGACGUCGCAGGCUCGGACGUCGCUCGAUCGUCACCGGCAAGAGCCCGUGGAUCCCUUGUACAUAAUCACGCCGACCUAUCGAAGACCGGAACAGAUCCCGGAAUUAACUAGAAUGUCCCAUACGCUGAUGUUGGUCAAGAACGUUCAUUGGCUCGUUAUCGAGGACGCUACGGUCGCCACCAAGCAAGUCACCGAACUACUCGAACGUACGGGCUUGAAGUUCGACCAUCUGACCGCUCCGAUGCCCGAAAAGUACAAGCAGAAGAAGGGCGCGAAGCCGCGGGGCGUUUCGAAUCGGAACCGCGGCUUGCAAUGGAUCAGGGCGAACGCGACCGACGGUGUCUUCUACUUCGCCGACGACGACAAUACGUACGACGUGGCUCUCUUCGACGAGGUACCCGAUCUUUUCUCUUUCGCGAUUGCUCGACGAACGGAAGGAAACGUUUGUCUCGGAAACGAUGAUAGCGAUGACCGUUCGCUCGGGUUAAAUAUACGUACCGGAGAGAGAUCGCGUUUCGUCGCUCGUAUCGGUCUCGUUGUGCAGAGCACGAUCACGCGUGUACAGAGCACAGAUCCGUCGGACGAACAGGGUCUCGAUGUUCCCCGUAGGUCUGUGCACGAAAUUCGGCUUGAGCUCGCCGGUGAUCAAGAACGGAAAGUUCGUUGGGUUUUACGACGGUUGGAUAGCCGGCAGAAAGUUCCCCGUCGAUAUGGCAGGGUUCGCGGUGAACGUGAAAUUCCUCCUUCAGAGGCCGAACGCCACCAUGCCGUUCAAGGCUGGCUACGAGGAGGACGGAUUUCUGAAAAGCCUCGCGCCGUUCGAGCCCAAGGACAUCGAGUUCCUGGCCGACAACUGCACCAAGAUCCUCGCGUGGCACACGCAAACCAAAAAGAACGAGGCCAGCGCGCCUCUCGACAUGAAGCUUUACAGCGAAACCAACCUCGUCAGAUUAAAGGAACAGAUUGUGUGAUAUGCGCGAGAAACAAACUGAUUCAGUGCCUGAAGUAGCGUAAUUCUAUGGUAUCGGUGUACCGAUUAUUUCUCUCGAACGGUUAUUUUCGACGAUUCGUUUCUUUCUCUUGUUUCGCUCGCGAUCUACGUCUCCCUCCGUACUAUUUACAUCGGUAUUCGAUGAAUAGUUGCGCGACGAUUGGCUCGAACCAAAGGAACGCUCGUUGAAACGCUCGUUGAAACGGAGAUCGAAAGCGGCGAAGAAACCAGAGAUGGAAAGAGUUUUUACCGACCAGUACAAUUAUUCCGUUGCUUUGCGUUCAUCGGUUUUCACGUAUGCCUAAGAAUCGAACCGACGAGCGAGAUCGAGGUGUGCGCGAGUAGGAGAACCGCGACUAUUCUUUUGUACUUACACUGUCCUACACGCGAGUAUUAGCCUAUUACUUUCUAAUCUAUAAAACGAUAUAUCGAACGCUCGAAAAUUAAACGACCGACCUACGAUACGAUAGCCGAUUCUGUUCUCGAGUGUACGCGGCACGGAUAAAGACACUUUCUUUCGCGGUGUCCGAUGCUUCCAUGUUUUAUAGAGUACUGUAUUUAUUUCAAUAUCGAGUAGCUUUAAACUGAAAGUCGAGAGUAGCUAACGAAAACUCUCCGGCACUCGGAAUUCCCAAAUUUUCAUUUCGUAUUUCGUACAGCUUUCUCCUUUUCCUUGUUUCGCACGCGGGAAACGGUCGAAACGGUCGAAACGUCGCGCAACAACGACCAUUGUAUCGUUCGCGACAGCGGAGCACGAAUGUUCAUAUCGAAUGUAUCCGUAGUUAGGUAAAAAGUCGAGAAACGCGACAACGCUCGAGUGAUACUUUGAACGAUUUACACGACUAAGCCCCGAGUUGUCGAGAAUCGGACAUCUUGGAUAUUUUUCAAAUGUCGCACUUUAGGUUAGUCUUAGGAACGUAUUAAGCGAGAACGAAAAGCCAAAGUAGCUGUUGACACGCAGUAUUGCAACAGUCUUUUCAAAUCUACACAAACACACACACACACACACACACACACACAUCGUGUAAUAAGUAACAAUAAUUACCAAAGUGAGAAAAUGAUAUAUGUAUACAUAAUAUACAUGUAUAGAAGAUUCUCUAGAUUCUGUAGAUUUCUAGGGAAUUUUUCAUUAUUCGUAACGAUCAAUCAAAGAUCGAAUCUUUACGCUCCUACCGCUUGAUGCUAAACGCAUCGUUACACGCUACACGUUCGAACAACUAGGUACAAUAAUCGCGAGUAGCUGAACGUGUUUAACUUCGCCCCGAUUCGACGUUGCGCGGAAUUUCGUUGAAAGCGAAUAAUCCGGGGCGCAAAGUUCGACGGGAAUCGUUAACCGGUUAACCGCGCGAGUCUCUCGGUUUCGAACAUCUGUCCGCGUUUCGAAGAAUCUCUUCGAUUCGAUGUAUUUCGUAGAAAUCCAAGAGAGAUUUAUUUUCGGCUCGAAGAAGACGCGGUUCACCGGUUAAACCGAUUCGCGUCUGUCACGGUAGUUUGCUCGGAAUCGAAUUAAACGGAUAUAUCGCGUAUCCGUAGGUGAAAGCAAUAACUCGUCGAAUAAGGAGGAUUUUAGCGUCGUUAAGAUGUGCGCGAGGGCAAACGAUAUCUUCUUCUUCUUCUUCUUCUUCUUCUUCUUCUUCUUCUUCUUCUGUAUCGUGCGCGUACAGGGUGCACGAGCGGCGUAUCCGAACGCGCGAUUUACUUGCAGGUUCAAGGGAGGACAGAACUGAAAGGCACUAAAUAGCUAACCUCGACAAUAAGGCGUGACUCCGUUGCUUUGCCACCAUUUAUUUCCAACUUUCCUGUAAUUAUCCGCACGCGUGGGCUAGAAGCGAGCGCGACGCGUACCAUUGGAGCGUUAUCUUGUUAGCGCCGCGCGACUCGGGACGAGAGAGACGGAGUGUACGGAGAAGUAAUUACUCGAUCAUCGAUAAACCAUGCGACGCGAGCGAUCUAUGAAAUUGUACUUGACACAGAAAUCUAGGACGAGAAUAGCGUGUGCGUGCGCGACGAUAAACGGCCAUCUGUCUGGAGCGAAUCGCGCGUCGGAUCGCGCUCGUGUACCAUCGAAAUUCUGUUCGUUUUAUUUUAGGUUUAUCUCGGUUUUCGAAUGAUUUUCGCCAACGAGAAAGCAAACUCUGAUUCUCCGAAGAAAUCGAUUCGCGCGAUCGAACAGGAUACAGAUUUUCAUUUCAGAUUCUGUUAUGAAACUGCUGAUUCACACACACACACACACACACACCGAUGUAAGAUGGUUCGCCUGUGUAGUUGCAACGCUUCGCGUAAACUCUCUCGGUUCGGCGCUUGCUUGUCUUAUCAAUUACGUUGCGUCGCAAGCUGUACACUGUCGCUCGAUUGGUGCUAAGUUUUAGGAACUGCUACAAACACGGACCUAGUAAUAAUGUGGAUUAGCGAGAUUCGCUACUGUGUUACCAUAGAUAGACGCAACCUAAUCUGGCCACUCAAGGCCGACGGAUAAUUUCAUUCCCAUUACGUGAAUUCUCGUACACUUGACUCUCGCGUGUACACCGCACGGAAGAGAUGCAGUGGUUUCGCGACAAACGAUUCUGCUACGAGAAAUGGAGAAAUGGAGAAAUGCAAGUGCUUCCGAGCAUCGAUCGUCGACAAUGCCUGCGCUCGUUUAAUUCUGUUGGCACCUUGAUCUUACAAUUUCUAUGUAUAUCGCUGGGAAACACCGGAAAAAUCCGGAAUACGUCGAUUAGACAGGGUGCUGGGAGGAUCGAACGAAGAGAAGAUCGUUUCUAAUGCCUUGUACACGAUUGCGUAAGUUAUUUCUCGCUCGAAUAGAUAUAUAUAUAUAUAUAAUAUAUAUAUAUAUAUAUAUUCCAUCGACUGUACGUCCGAAAAUGAAGCCGGUAACGAUACACUUGUAACCGUAAUCGGGGACAAAAGCGUAAUGCACGCGCGUGUCUUUGAAUCUGACCGACAAAUUCGUAUAUAAGACUGAAAGCAGAAAGACAACGGUUUUUUAAUAGAUUUCCGAAGCGAGACGCGGGUCACAGACGAGAAAGGUAAUGGGGCGUCGUACUUAAGCUCCUGGUUUCCUGGUUUCCUGGUUUCCUGGUUUCCUUUCCACAAUGGAAACCGAGAGUAGGGCAAGUCUUUUGAGCAGGAUACCUUUAAAAACGCCAACGUCUAUGCUAUUCGAGUAUCGCGGCAGACAGUCUUGGUACAGUCUCCACAGCUGUACUUGUACGCGAGUAUCGUUGUUUCGUUCGCGACACGUCUCGGCUAUGCGAUGAGUCGUGGCUUUUUUUAUGGAACCGAAAAUCGGAAGAUUAGAGGGAAAAAGUAUUCGAUAAGAGAGACCUAUCGUGCGUGUGAACGACAAUUCACGGUUGAUUAGUUAAUUACUGUUCCUCCAUAGAGAAAUGUAACAAAAGUAAUAAAUGAUGUUGUGAUAUUCUACAUUAAAUAACAUAUCUGAAAAUUGUUCGCUUUUACCACAGACACGAGAGACGAAAAAAAAAUGGAAGGGUAGAGUAUUCUUGUGACACGUUAGUAUGCAAAUUAGACAAUAUAUUUCAUACGUAGCAUCGAGUUUUCUUUCACCAUGAUAUCCUUUGAGGAUGAAUUUCGUCGUUCCAAUAAAAUGUCUUGCUAACAAAAAUAUAGAAUUGUACAAAAUUCACUGCUAACGUAGUUACGGUUUCCAUAAUAAUUUGCCAGCCACUAGGUUCUUCGAGUAACAAGCGAUACAGAAUGUACGGCGUAAUGAAAUAGCGUGGUUCUAUCAGCAGCUGAGGAAUAAGAACCACGGAUACCACGAAAAUAUAAUUAAUCCGCGUUGCAAACUUUAAAUGUCCCAUUCUAUGAAACAUAGCGUACAAGGUAAACGAGUAAACAGGUAUUAACAGAUACUUGAAUAACUCGUAUCUUCCCAUUAACUUAUUCCAAAAGUAAAAUAAGUAAUGCCUAUUGUCAGCUAACAUGUACGGAUGAACGAGAGUGUCGAAACGAACUAUUAGAACGAAAACUACUAAAAGACAGCUAUGAACGAUCCAGUGUGCUCGAAUAAAGUUUAAGUAUGAUUUCCAAUGAAUUAUCGUAUACGGCCAUAAGAAGCAAGAAACGAAAGCGGAAAAAUAGAAUAACUGUGGAAUAUGAAUGGUCGGAACAUGAGCUGUACGAUCUCCUACCACUAUACCCUUGUUCCAAAAGAUAAAUCCAAGAAAUGUUACACAUACGGUUGCGUAUGGAAGCAACCGUAUAAUAAUUUCACUAAUAAAUUUGGAAAACGCAGCCCAUCCGCGAGACGCUUCUUCCAUUACCUUUUUCCACAGUAGCUAAAAAUUACACAACAAACAAAAAAUUUAAUGAAACACCAGAAUUAAAGCUACGCCGUAGCGUUCUUAUCGGAUAACUACUCACUCUCAAGUGGACAAACGAAUUACACUCUUGCGAUAGCAUUGAUUUAUCGUGUUCUUUUGGAUCUAAUAAAUUGAGAAAAAGCUCCAAGGCAACGAACGCGACCCAAACGAUAUUCGUUUGCCGAAUUAUUAUAGACGACAGACCUGGACAUUAUCGAUUAGAAUUUUAGUUUACAAGUUAUAUUUCAUUUUACCGUACCACCUUCUCAUACAUACCUAUAACGGCUGCCAUUAUAAACUUUUUACGUAAAUGUAGCAAUAGCAUUAAUAAUACUGCAUUAACGGAGACAACAUCGGUAUAGUACAGAAAAUGCCAGAAGAACAAAGGUGGGAAAAGCAUAACGUUAGAAGCCACCAUCAGGUUUUUCCAAUUGUCCCAUCUUUUCGUUUCACGAAUUAUUGCAAUAUGUUUGAUUAUAUUAUAAGCGAGAUAAAAAUUGGCAAACGUUCCGAGUAAAUUGAUGCAUCUCAUGUAAAAGAUGGUACAAAUAUUCAGAGGCGACAAUAUUAGGGUUGCGAGCAAGUACAACCCAGGCAAGGUGGUAAUUUUCGAAUCCCACUGAAAAUAAUGCGUUCGAUGUAUUCGAAUAUCUUAUUUUUGGAAUAAUUAACGAAAGUUGCCGCACGAAUCGUUACACGGGAGAAACAAACGAUGGAAUACUCUUUCUCGUGUAACCUAACCUCCAUAGAUUGCAAACGUUACGCGCAACAAAGAACGAGAGACGAGAACGGAAAAAGGAAUUGAAAACCAAAAACGUACCUGUGUAAAAUUUCCGGCACAAUACUGCAAUGUUUGAGGUACGUGGAAAACCUCGUCAAUGAAAUAAUACGGUUGCACAUGAUUCAGAUAAAGGAAUAAUAUAACGACACACGAGGACAGCAGUAAGAUUGCAAAUUUUUGUAGAACUCGAGACUCUUGAACUUUCACCGGAACGUUCGUCAUUUUGACAAUGACAACGAGAAAAGGAAACGAGCUAUCUGUAUGGUUUAAGGAUCCGUAGAAUGGCAAUGAAAAGCGUGUCGGUUAAUUUCUAUUGCAACGAAGACUGAAAAAUUUCACUGGAGCGAACGCAUCAUAACCUGAGACGAUCGUUCUACUCGUGUACGCGUGUCGUGCCGUUGCACGAUCGCAUGGAUGAAGUGUCGCGUAAACUCUCGAAUUCAUUUGAAUCGUACCGAGAAAUAAUAUACCGUCGGAAACGAGACGCGUUGCCACCGAUAAUCGGAGAUUCGUCGAGUUUCCGUUGAUCACGUUGCCAGAACUUUUCUCCGCGCGGCUCUUUAAAGUUGACGCCGCGAGUUGUCGACGUCGUCGCGUAUCGAUACUCGUUCGAAAUACGAAUUGAACGUUUCGCGGGCAAACCUGCUCGUUGAAAGUACGGCUUGUUCCCGAAACGAACUGGAACGAACGUGUUACGAGUUAUUUAGAAAUGAAUGUUUACUAGAUUAUCGAGAUAAAUAAGUUUAUUGUAACUUGUACUCAGAUUCAGGAUGAAACAGUCCGAGUAGCAUUCGUUUUUCUUUUCUUGCUAUAUAUAUAUGUAAAAACGUUGGCAGAAUACAAAACUUUACAAAUCAGUGGAUCGUAACGAUUAGGCAAACUUGUUGCAAUGCAUAAUUCUCAUCACUGAAACGUUGUUGUGCUAGUCUCUCUCUUGUUUCGUUGAACGGAAUUCUAUGGAAAAUACAAGAACGAUACAGUUUAUAUAUAUAUAUAAUAGUUAUAUAUAUAUAUAUAUAUAUAUAUAUAUAUAUAUAGUAGAAAUGAACAAGUAUCGAUCAGCGUAUUUAUCGCAGUGAACGGUAGCAAUGAAAUUGCAGAAGAUUUCAAGUAAAAUUAAGCGUGUACGGUAAACGUUUUGAAAAUCAUAGUACUUCUAGGUUUGGCUUGCUUUUGGCUCUUGACAAUUCUUUUUCUUGGCGUACCGUUGGAAAGAUAGGUUCAAUUUGAUUCUAUACUACCUGAUUCGUUCCUGGCACACAGGAAAGUCGAUCCGGAAUGUAGGCAGAUUCUUAAUACAUAUAUUUUCUAUAUUCCUGAUAGAGAGAGCAUUUCCGAUGUCGGAGUUUCGGUGUUGCGACUAUCUUAAUCGUAGCAGUGUUUCACCGAUAUGUCUGUUUGUUUUCUUAUAUAUAUAUAUAUAUAUAUAUAUAUGUAUGUAUAUCGGUAGGAAAGAGAUUGUCAAGUAUAGAGAGCGGUACGUUGUUCGACAGUGAAACGUAAGAUCAUUAUCAUUGCAACAAAUACACACAGGUGUACGUUUAUUUGAUUGUAAAACGUGAGGUUGGUUUUCGAAAAGCAAUACCGUAGUUUAUUUCGUCGAAUAUUACGAAGACUAUGAAGACUAUGAAGACUAUGAAGACUAUGAAGACUAUGAAGACUACGACGUGUGGUCUUACCGGGGAGAACUUAAUUUUACGCGAACCUUAAAAUUCUCGACGAACACGCCCCCGUAGAAAUAGAAAGUAAUGGUGAGAGAAAGUGUUUGUAAACAUCAUCCUCCGAACUCGCAUGGCUACCUGAGACAUUUUGUAUCUUUCAGUCAUUAAUAAUUCCCUAUUACGAAAUAAUGGGAACGCGCCUGCGGAGGCACGCGCGCCGACACUGAAAGCAAUAUCUAGAAAAAGAGAAAUAAAAAGGAAAUAUCAAAAUGUAUGCUUAGGUUUACUCAAUCUUUUGUCUCUCCUAUUGGAAAACUGAAACAUGCACAGUAUACAACUAAUACUUUUAUAGGCGUUCAAUUCUACAUAUUGCUUUGAAUGUUCUCUCGUACUCUUGAAAAGAGAAAGAACAAGACACUGGAAGAAGCACAUUUCUUGAUACAAACAACGAAUCGAUACAAUUGUUGUUGAUACAUUGCGGAUCCUUGCGCUAGUGCACUCGACUUCCGACUUCGGUUCUCCCUUCUUUCCGUAGCUUCUUUCUGUAGCUUCUUUCUGUAGCUUCUUUCUGUAGCUUCUUUCUGUAGCUUCUUUCUGUACCUUCUUUCUGUACCUUCUUUAUGUACCGUGCACAAGAUAUCCGCAGUGUAUGGUUAUCAGUUAUCAGCACUUGUGGAAUGCCUGCAGUCGAAACGAUUUCAAACGCUGAACACGCACACUAAACAAAAUUCUAUACUCCGUAAAACUAGAAUCGUACCUUAAGUAAACACCGUAGAGAACUUUCGCGAGUUAUUUACAGUCCUUCCUUUCUUUUCUCCCUCUCUGCCCCUUUCUCGCAGCUUUUUCUUCCAUUGGCAUCGCGUUUCAUCGAAACGACGCGUUAAAUAAUUAAACGAGAAAAAGAUAAAUGAACACGAUCGUUUGACGGAGAACGAUAGUAAAUCAAUGGAAAGAGUACAGUACGAGUAGAAAAUAUAAUACAUUCUUGAUUAUUAGACGCUCUCUGUUAAUAACUGUUAACCGUAAUACUACAAGUUAUCCUCAAGUCGGAUCUUUUCUUUCCGUUUCCUUUUAGCCCGAAAUUUCUCAUUUCCGAGGUGCGCGAGAGACGACGGUCAACUUGUUGUAUAAAAGCAAGCUUGUGCAGAUAACAAAUGAAAGAGCACUCCUUAGGAACUAACGAGACUUAAGCAUUACACCGAGAUCUGAAUACGACGAUCAACCUGUAAAGAUUAAACGUUGUUUCGUAUGUACAAUUUAUUUUAGGUAACAGGUAAUCCUCCGAUAACGAGGGGGUCGCCGACAUCUUCCGCCAGGAAUAUCACGCGCGCGACAGGAGUAUUCGUUUUUGCAAAUUUCAUUAUUCCUACGAACAGAGAAACGGAAAGAGA